CCACGCGCAGGUGUUAUCUCUCCACCUUCGGCUUCCCACGACGAAGAGCUCAGGAGACAGAUCGGGAAAAUGUCAGAUCUGAUUACGACGGCGUCUCCGCCGCCGAGAUCCGCGACGGACCUAUUCUCGGACCCACAAGACUCGCAUCCUCUAUGGUUCAAGCCUUCUCUCUUCCUUUCCCCGAACUUCGACUCUGAAUCUUACAUCUCCGAGCUCCGUACCUUCGUCCCCUUCGACACUCUCCGAUCGGAGCUUCGGUCACAUCUCGCCUCCCUCAACCGCGAGCUCGUCGAUCUCAUCAACCGCGACUACGCCGAUUUCGUCAAUCUCAGCACGAAGCUCGUCGAUGUCGACGCCGCUGUCGUUCGAAUGCGCGCGCCGCUCCUCGAACUUCGCGAGAAGAUUGUGGGCUUUCGCGGAUCAGUAGAGGCCGUGCUAUUUGCUCUGCGGAGCGGGUUGCAGCAGCGGUCCGAUGCUGCUGCCGCUAGGGAGGACCUGGAGUCAUUACUCAACACUUUCCAUCUCGUGUCCAAGGUUGAAAAGCUUAUAAAAGGUCUACCGAGUAGUCCGUCUGAUUGGCCAAAGGAUGAUGCCAAUUUGAUAGUAAAGAGUUCUAUGAAUGAUGGAAACUCUUUACAGCAAGAUGGCACAACCAUGAGAGAAACCCUGAGCACGCAUUUGGAAAGGAUAGCUAGUGAAAUGAAUCGGCUGAAGUUCUAUACGACUCAUAAGCAGAACCUGCCUUUCAUUAAGAACAUGGAGAAGAGGAGUCAGAGUGCAAGCAUGCAAUUAGAUGCUAGCCUGGGUCAUUGCUUCAUCGAUGGGCUAAACAAUCGGGAUGAAAGCGUCCUUUACAAUUGUUUGCGUGCAUAUGCUGCCAUAGAUAACACAAACAGCGCAGAAGAAAUUUAUCGCACAACCAUUGUGGCUCCACUUGUAAUGAAAUUUGUUACACAUGAAACAUCAGUGGAUGCUGCUGGGACAUCAGGAAAUGAGCUCGAGAAAGAUUACAAGCAAAUCAAGCAUUGUAUUGAGCAGAACUGCAAGAUGUUGUUAGACAUUUGUUCAACAGAUAAGUCAGGUUUGCACGUGUUCAACUUCUUGGCCAACUCAAUCCUGAAAGAAGUUCUUUGGGCAAUCCAGAAAGUCAAACCGGGAGCCUUUUCUCCCGGAAGACCUACUGAAUUCUUGAAGAAUUACAAGGCAAGCCUGGACUUCCUAGCAUAUCUUGAAGGUUAUUGUCCAUCAAUGUCUGCUGUAACUAAAUUCCGAUCUGAAGCUGUGUAUAUUGAGUUUAUGAAGCAAUGGAAUGUUGGAGUAUAUUUUUCUCUAAGGUUUCAGGAGAUAGCUGGAGCUCUGGAGUCUGCCCUUACUUCUGCCUCUCUUGUGAUAAUUCAGGAUUCUAAUUCUGAUCAACCGAAAUCGCACAGCUUAACUCUAAGUCAGAGCGCCAGUCUUUUGGAGAGCUUGAGAUCGUGUUGGAAAGAAGACGUUCUUGUUUUCUCUGCUGCCGAUAAGUUUCUUCGCUUGACCCUGCAGCUCCUCUCAAGAUAUUCCAAUUGGCUGUCAUCUGCACUGACUACCCGGAAAAUGGGUAAUGCCAAUCCAAUUCCCGGAUGUGAAUGGGCCGUUUCCGCUACCCCAGAUGAUUUUGUCUAUGUUAUUCACGAUAUAAAUUGCCUGGCCUCAGAAGUUUGUGGCAAUUACAUUGGACAUGUAAUGCAGCUUUUGUCUUCAUGCUCCACCGAAGUUCUUGAUUUGGUGAGGCAAAGCAUUCUACAUGGCGGGGAAUCACUGAAAAACGUCUUACCCUCAGUUAGCAGCACAAUAAUCGAGGUCAUUGUCGAUAAAUCUGUCGAGGAUCUGAGGCAGCUAAAAGGGAUAACCGCAACAUAUAGGAUGACGAAUAAACCUCUUCCGACCAGGCACUCGCCUUACGUUACUGGAAUAUUGCGUCCUCUAAAGGCCUUUCUGGAUGGAGACAAGGCAAGUAAUUAUUUGACACCCGAAACAAGGCAGGAGCUUUUGCUUGGCACUGUGACCGAAAUUACCAGACGGUAUUAUGAAUUGACUUCGGACCUUGUUAAUGUGGCGAGGAAAACAGAAUCGUCGCUUCAGAGAAUACGUCAAGGAGCACAGAGAAGAGCUGGUGCUUCAUCGGAUGUCUCCGACCACAAUAUCUCCGACACCGACAAGAUGUGUAUGCAGCUGUUCCUUGAUAUUCAGGAGUAUGGACGGAACCUGGCAGCAGUAGGGGUAAAGGCGGCAGAUAUUCCGGCAUACCGAUCCCUCUGGCAAUGCGUAGCGCCGGCGGAUAAGAGAAACGAGUUCAUCAGUUUCUGAGAUUUGUUCUUCACUUUUCACAUCCAUACAGCAACCGGGAAAACAGUUGGAUUGUAUUGGAAUUAUGUCUCUCCUCUCUGCAGUUGAUUGUUUUUGCAUUUCAUGAUUAUAUAUAGAAAGUGUUUGUAGAAGCAGGAAUUUUAUUUUUUUAAUCAUUUAUUCAUAGUACUGCAUUAUAUA